AUGGAAAGUCAGGUGCAGUGGGUGUUAAACAAUGGUCCCUGGAGCUUCGAUAACUUGCUUCUAUUACUGAGGCGAUGGGAGCGUGGAAUGACGGUGAACAAGGUUACUUUCACUCACUGCCCUCUGUGGGUGCAGGUAUGGGGAUUGCCUUUUGAUCUCUUCAGUGAGGAGGUAGGGCAAGAGAUUGGUAGGGGGCUGGGAAGGGUAGUGGAAGUAGAUUGGAAAGGUUCAAACUCCGAUCAAGCUAGGUUCCUUCGAAUUCGCGUCGAAAUCCCACUGGAUAAGCCGCUCCGACGUGGUAGUCAGAUUAUGAACCCCGAGGGAGACGUAGUGUGGGUGGCUUUCAAGUAUGAACGAAUGUUCAGUUUUUGCUUCAAGUGUGGAAGGAUCGAACAUGAAGCAAAACUUUGUGAGAUGCCAUGGGACGAAGAGGGGUAG